AUGAAUCUCAAUGAGAACUACCUUGAUACUGACGUACCUAAGAGACAGUUGAGACCAAGUAAAAGUGGCAAUUUCGAUAGUAUUCCCAUCGUAGCUGCAACGUCAGAGCCAACCACGUCCGUUAACCUGGAUGAAACAUUUUUUAGAAAGGCUGCCUCACCAGUAUUAAUAACCGACGAACGUUCCGUGAGUAGGUCCACUUCCAUAAAUUCUUUAAACACUGCAUAUUUGGCAUCUACAAGACCUUUUUCGCAAGUGAGGAAAUUUCAAGCUAGAAGUAACUUAUUAUCAGCGGAUCUGAUAAGCAACAAUGAUGAUAAAUCUCAACCGCCAAAAAUCCAAAAAAAGAAUUCUGAUCUUUAUUCAGACUGGGGAAACGAUAUAAGAAGCCGCGUGGCGGAAAGUAUCUAUUCCAUGGAAACAUCUGUAAGGGGAUCUGAAAUACGAAGACGACCUUAUGUGAGUAACGAAAUUCCCAACAUAUUCAAGCUGCCCAACCCUAAUCAUGUUAGCGAACCAGAUGCAAGUCAAGUUUUACGUGAUAAAAACUUUCUUAUAUUCACAUCAGCGGGUAAACCAGUAUAUUCUAUGCAUGGUAAAGACGAACAAAUCAUGUCAUAUACUGGGCUUGUCAAUACUGUAAUAAGUUACUUCCAAGUUAAUGGACCCUCUGACCUGAAAACUAUAUCCACAUUUGCGUCCGGUCAAAGGCUCACUUUCCUAGAUAAAUCGCCCAUAUUAUUAAUGGCACAGUCCGAAAGAGGCGAGUCCUCGAAUGAGCUAUUGAAUCAACUUGAUUUUCUAUAUUCGUAUAUCCUUUCUUCAUUAAGUGAACGCCAACUACUAAGAUUAUUUUCUAAAAGGGAGAAUUUUGACUUAAGAAACUAUUUAGAAACUACGGAUUUCGAGAAUUUAAACGAAAUUUGUUCAUUAAUCUGUAAUAGAAUGUUUCCCGACCUGCUUUUGAACUCAUUACAAUGCUUACCAUUUCGCCAUUCUUCAAGAUUGAAAUUACAAGAUUUAAUGCUUCAACAAUUGGAUAAAAGGCAGGAUAUCCCCAGGGGCACCUUGUUAUAUGGGUUAAUAAUUGCGCCUCAAAAUAAGCUAUGCUGCGUUCUUCGACCCAAGGGUCAUACAUUGCACACCACAGACUUGCAUCUUUUGUUUUGUUUAAUAUCCCAUCAAUUCCAAAAUUUGGACGAAACUCAAGAACUUUGGGUGCCCAUAUGUUUCCCCAAAUUCAAUUCCAGCGGAUUUCUUUAUUGCUAUAUCAAAUUUUUACCAAAUGAUGCUGAUAACAAUGAGAAAUCGGCAUUAGUUUUAAUAAGUGCACAAAAAGAUGCUUUUUUCUCUUUAAAAACAUUCAGCGAUGAGUUAGUUGCUAAACUCGAAAGCGAGAGGCUAUUGAAAAAAAUAAAUGCUUCAAAAGGGUUCAAACUAAGCGAUAUCCCAGCACCCAUGGUCCAUCAUUUUAUAUACAAAUCGAAACAAAACGUUCAGUAUGUCAUGCCGCAUUUCGAAAUCAACAGCAGCAUUUCAUUGGAUUCGCCGCAGGGAUUAGAAUAUGAAUUGAAAUUGAAGACGUAUUAUCAGCAAUUGCAUGGAACGGUGGUAAGAGAUAAUGGAAAUCUUUUGAGUAGGUCCAUAUUAAAUUUCGUUAAAUGGAGCUCCAAAGACAAAGAAGACACAACAGUGGACGGAAUAGGAAUGAAUUUUUCUGAAUUGGACGAAUACAUUAUCGGAAACUCGUCAUUUGAACAGGAAUCCGUCAAUAUGCUAGGAAUGGCAUGGGUGACGCCCAAGUUUGAGUUAUAUCUCAUUGGUAACAAUGGAGUUGUUGACAAAAAAGUUUUAUUCAAGAGUGCGAGAAAGGUAGUCAAUUGGUGUCAAAAACACGAGUCGAGGCUGUUUAUCAGUGACGGGGCCGUCUUUUGA